ACACUCUCUCUCUCUCUCUCUCUCUCUUUGCCGUUCCAUUUCUAAAACCAACGCACAACUCCUCACAACUCCUCACUGAAAGCGCAACAUCCUCUCUCUCUCUCUCUCUCUCCGUCUCUCCGUUUCGCGAUGGUUGGAGACGGAGUCAAGAGUCCGCAGGAAGGGGCCACGGCCUCUGAUUACCGAAGCCUCUUCACAGUGGUGAAGGCUCGGCGAGCGAAGCUCUUCGCCUACGGCUUCGCGUUGGUCUUUGUGGGCUGCACUGCCUUCCUUGCCUUCAAUCCGUCCGGCAAUGGCUCCCCUUGGUUCAACUCUCUUUUCACCUCCUCCUCAUUUUCAUCCUCUAUUGCCCCCUACCGUUCUCAUUUCAACAAUCUCAUCUCCCACAUUUUCCCAAAUUCCACCGCUUCUUCCAUACCGGACAAGCCUUUUGAUAGUGGAGAAGUUGGAUCGCUGAAAGGUGGCGUUUUUCCGAGUAUGGCACCGCCAAGUGCUGCUUCUGUACAUGGGAUGAAAGUUAACGGUGUUGUGAGCCAAAAUCUGACGGAAGGGUUGCCCGGUUCAAAGAAAGAUGGCAGCUUUAAGAAGAAAUCGACUGACGUAGUUGGAUCACUAAAUCGAACAGCAGAAGGUUCUACUUUAAAGAAAGAUGGCGUCUUGGCAGGGAAGAACCAAACUGCGAUUCAAUUUCCAGGGCAGAACUUAACUGUAAGUGAACUGGCGCCGGAAAAAGGAGGAGUUCCUGAGACAAAUAGCACGGGAGAGCUAGCAGUUCCCAAAGAUAACGAGGUUUCUUCUAAUAUCCCCGAGGAAUCAAAGUCUGGUUCUAAAGGAAAUAUUGCUCAACCUAAAAAGGCAACUUCAACACUUACCGGAACUCAAUCUACGAACCAGAAGACGUCAUCUUCCCCAGCUCAACCGAAGAAUCAAACAGAAGCAUUGACUGGAAAUCCUGCGAGUUCGAAGAAGAAGGACGCUCCUGCUAGUUCUAACAUCUCAGCUUCGUUGAGGAAAGGUAACGCCUCCACUGCACAAACUCCUAAGGAUUCUGGUUUGAAGACAGAGGAUUGGAUCAAAGGCAUGAUUGGUUGUGAUAUAUUUCAUGGGAAAUGGGUUAAGGAUGAUUCAUAUCCUCUCUAUUCUGAAGGAUCUUGUCCUCAUAUUGACGAGCCAUUCGAUUGCUUUCAUAAUGGUCGGCCAGAUCGAGCUUAUCAAAAGCUCAGAUGGAAGCCUGAUGGAUGCGCUGUCCCAAGAUUUAAUGCGCUAGAUUUGCUGGAGAGAUUGAGAGGGAAGCGCCUGGUUUUUGUCGGUGAUUCACUCAAUAGGAACAUGUGGGAAUCCCUUGUGUGCGUCCUGAAGAACUCUGUAAAAAACAAGAAGAAGGUCUUUGAGGCUUCUGGCCGUCACGAAUUUAGGACAGAGGGUUCCUACUCUUUCUUAUUCAAGGAUUAUAAUUGUACCGUUGAGUUCUUCCGGUCACCUUUCCUAGUUCAGGAAUGGGAGAUGCCUGAUUCCAACGGUAAGAAGAAGGAAACUCUCAGGCUUGACAUAAUUGAGAGGUCUUCAUCCAGAUAUAAGGAUGCUAAUAUCAUAGUCUUCAAUACUGGGCAUUGGUGGACUCAUGAGAAGACCUCCAAAGGGAGAGACUACUACCAAGAAGGGAAUCGUGUUUACAGUGAAUUAAAUGUAGUAGAAGCAUUCCAUAAAGCACUCCACACUUGGGCCAAAUGGGUGGAUGCCAAUGUUAAUCCUAAGAAGACCCUCGUCUUCUUCAGGGGUUACUCAGCUUCCCAUUUCAGAGGGGGGCAGUGGAACUCUGGUGGAGCUUGUGAUAGAGAAACUGAGCCCAUCUUCAAUGAGAAGUUUCUGUCACCUUAUCCUCCAAAAAUGAGAGUAUUGGAGACAGUACUAAAUGACAUGAAAACUCCAGUUUCCUAUCUAAACAUCACAAGGAUGACUGAUUUCAGAAAGGAUGCCCAUCCUUCGAUCUAUCGAAAGCCGAGCUUAACCGAGGAAGAAAGGAGAGCACCUGAAAAGUUUCAGGACUGUAGCCAUUGGUGCUUGCCUGGAGUCCCUGACUCCUGGAAUGAGCUUCUUUAUGCACAGAUACUCAUCAAACAGCACCAGACACCAAAUUGGUAAACAAUGAAGAGGAAUCUCAGGUGCCUAUGUAUGAAUACUGUUGCUCUGUAUAUUUAUUCUUGACAAAAAUAAACAUCAAUCGUACAAUUUACAUUGUUAAUAGAGAUGAAAAGAGGAUUUCGCUGAAGCUUGGAGUGGAAUCUGUUUGAUGUUAGGGAAGAAAGAAAGUUUAGUUUGAAUGCAUAUCUACAUUGUAGUUAAUGAUGAUGAGGUGAUCUUAUGAUACCUCAAAUUACAAUAAUCCUGUAUCAUAUCUUUGAUUUUAAAGAAGGCCAAGAAGAUUUCUCA